AUGGAUCCAAGACAGCAGCCGCCACAGCUGCCCUUCUCGCGCAACGCUGCCUCGCAGUACAGUCGCUCGCCUUUUCCUCCAUCCUCCACCACGACGGCCAACUCGACCCCGAAUCAAUCGCCCUUCCCCCCCGUAUCCCAUCCGCAUGCCGAGCAUCAGCGACGCUCCUCAGAAAACCCUUAUUAUUCUUCCGGUCCGAGACCCUACUCGCAAGAACCCAACAACGCCGGCCCUCCUCCUUCAUCCGGCCACUCUCGGCACCCGAGUGCAUCCUCAUUACCCCCCGGUGCGCCUCUGAAUCGCAAUAUGCCUCCUCCGGGCUCGCCUCCACAGCCGGGAAAUCCCCCGCCGCCGUCGCAUCAAAUGGGCCAUUACGGUCUGCCUGCGCCGAGAGCCCCACCCUUGAGUGUCGGCCACCCGAGCUCAUUCCCCGGCGGCCGUGAGCUUCCCUCUUUGAACUCAAUACAAAGGACAGGGAGCACGGGAAGCUCCAUGUCGAUAUCUUCCAUGCUGGGAGGGCCACCCCCGGCGAGAGAUUCACAGCCGCCCCCGUCGCAUUACCAUCCGCCCGCUACCUCUGCGAGCUCCGGCCCGACGUUUGCGCCGACGAUGCAGGCCUCCCCGAGGAUGCACUCUGCCUCCUCCGAGUACCAGCCCUUCCGACGACAGCAAACUCCAGAGCACGCGCGUCCCUACGACCCGAGAGGCAGUGCCGCCGCCUCGCCACAGGGCGCCUAUUCCACCACCCCCGAGGUGCAGCGGUACGGCACGCCACAGCAGGGGUACCACCAGCGAGGCCCGUCGACACAGGACGGCAGAGAAUCGAAUCGCAUGUCUCAAGGCCCUCCUCCCCCUCGACCUACGAGUCAACCCAAGUCUUUCCAGCAGCAGAACAUGCCUCAGCGAACCGUAGAUAUGGGCCGGAACAACGGACCCGAGGAGAUGUAUCAACGUCGUGAGGAGGUCCCACGAGGUUCGAUGGAAUACAAUCCGGAAAGGCCAGACUUGAAGCCGAUGACUUUCGACGACCGAUAUCGGGCGGAGAGAGAGCGUCGGGAAGAAAUUGAGUUCAGGGAAAGAGAGCGAAGGGAGCGUGCAUACUCCGGCGGCGAUGGUGGACGUGCUCCGCAGGGUGACUAUCGGCCGCAGGAGGUACAGAGGGGUCAGCCCCCUCCCUUCACCCGGCCGCCCGAGCAGCGUGAACAAGGGCCGUGGCCACCUCGACAGCAGCAACAGCAGCAACACCAUCAGCAGCAGCAGCAGCAGCAGCAGCAACAACAACAGCAUCAGCAUCAGCAUCAGCAUCAGCAUCAGCAUCAGCAUCAACAUCAGCAUCAGCAGCAGCCGCCGCCACCUUUCGAUCAGUCCAGGGUACCGUACGAUCCUGCUGGCCUCCAUCCUCGACACCACCAUGAAUACCCUCCCAGCUCUGCGCCCAACUACCCGGGCCAGAGUCAUCCUGCUCCCGCUCCUCAGUUCCAACAACAGCCUCCCCCCAACGACCGAUACCCUCCCGGUCCCCCGAAUCAUCCCCAGCAGCCCCCGCCAGGCCAGCCUGGACAGCACCAGCAACAGCAGCCUUUUGAUUCCCCCGAGCGGCAAAGGGCCAAUCACCUCCACCCCCAGACGCAACCAGCUCCCACGCACCGACGACCCGGCGAAGAAGGCCCCCCUCCUCCAUCAGUCGCGUAUAACACACCACACGUUCCUCCGAUGUACGAUUCGCCUCGUAAUCGACCUAUGGAAGAUCAUCCCAACAACAAUCACCACCACCAAAGGAACUUGCUAGCGGUUCAGGAGAUCAACCGCAAGGGACGCGUCUCGCCGAUGCCGCAGGCUGUUCAGGGAGCCCAGCCACAACUACCGGGCCCUGCGGGAGAGCCGGGUAUCAAGAGCGAAUUCGGCAGGAUGUUUUCAGGAAUCGGAAGCGGUGUUACUGGCCUUGGUGUCGGCAGCCCCGUGACCGCAGGAGCUCAGUUACCCUACACGAACGCAAGUCUUGCUCGACGCGACGAGACGGAUAGCGCUACGCACGAAUCCGGCCCCGAGGCUGUGGCACCGAAGCCCAAGGGCAGGAGAAGAAAGCUUAAAGAGGAGGAUACGAAAGGGGACGACGAGAGCACAGGCCGGCUGACCCCCGUCGGCCGAGCAAAGCGCCCAAAGACUCAUGCACACCACCAUCACCAGUACGUACCGGUUCCCUCAGGUCUGUCAACGACGACUAACGACAGCAGCCACCACCAUCACCACCACCACCACCACGGCGCCGACCACGCCAACGCCCCCACCCCCGCUCCUGUCGGCAUUACGCCAUUCAAGAACGUCAAGGGCAUCACCCCCAUCCCUUCGCCGACCACCGGACCCACGAAGGACCUGCCGGCCGCUCAUCACCAUCACGUCCCCCGGCCCGCGCACCUGCAUACCCAUGUGAAGGAAGCGCCCGCCAAGCAGGCUGCGCAGAGCCCGACCAGCAUUCUCCCUCCCAAGCCCAAGACGAUUGUGACAUCGAAGGCCGUCCUUGAAGCGGUCGCUCACCGGCCCCGGACGCACCUAGGAGACGUGCUCUACGAACCGAAGCUAAAGCCCGCGCGGCAAAUACCCAACGUUCCUUCCGGCCGUGGCUUUUCCUCGACCCCGACGCCGCUCCCAUGGGAUAUGAUCAAGGACAAGGAGAACUGCACGCUGACCGUCAAGGUGCCGAAAGUUCACCUCACCCCGGUAGCCAGAGAAGAGAUCACGGCGCGAAGGGCUUUGUGGGGCACGGAUGUCUACACGGACGAUUCCGAUGUUGUUGCCGCCUGUAUUCAUGGGGGGUGGAUUCGAGGAGAAUGGGGCGACGACGUGGAUACCUCCCUGCUUGACCUCGAUCGAGGUCUCUCUGCCCCCGAGAAGGAAUUCCCUGCGAGUAAGAGACGCAAUAAGGAAAAGGAGAAGGACGAGAAGGCGAGGCUCGAGGCGAACUCGGCCACAUACCUGGACCAGCCGCCCAAGACGGGCCCCGUCCACGUGCCUGCCGACCGCGACAUGCACGUGAGCAUCGUGAUUCUCCCACGGCUGGAGAAGUACAGCAGUACCACGCGCUUCGGCCUCCAGUCGCGCGAGUACGGUGGACGGUACAACGGCCGCCAGUCGAUCCACGACGGCCUCAGUUUCAUGGUGACGGGCAUACGCUGGGUCACCAACGGCGCCGGCGCGCAGAGUCGCCUCCGUGGUAAGGGCCGGCGAGAGCGCAUGCGGAAGGCGAUGGGCGAGAUUAACGUGGCCAGCCGCGGCCUCAACGGGGCGGCGCUGGAGCGCGAGAAGCAGCGCCUCGACAAGAUCCGGGGCGAGAUCGUCUCUGGUACGUGGUGGAAGAAGGAGAAGGGCCGCGAGAACGGCGUGGCCGACAAGGAGCACAGCUCGACCACUGAAGGCGAGAAAGAGAACAGGUCCGGCGACGAGGCUCGCAAUACGACGAGCCCCGCGACGAACGGCGCCACCGCCAUGAAAGGCGCGUCGGCGGACAAGGCGGACAAAAUGGACGUGGAUGAGACCGGCAAGGCCGCCGCGGCCACCAAAGCGUGA